AUGCAAAGGGAAUAUGAGUGCGCUUCAGUGACGUCAAAGCUCCACGCUGAUAGUCAUGGUGACCUCCUCGUAUCGAGUCACCAUGGAAGACGGGAGCACUCGGAAGUAGCGGAAUGGUGUGGAUUAGCGCCAAACUGGAAAAUUUUACUUCUUUCGAGGUUUUUUGUUGGACUUUCCAUCGGCGGCACAAUUGUUGGGGUAUGCACAUAUGUAAUGGAAAUGCUUCUGCCGGAGCAACGGAUGGCUCUGAGAGCUUUCUUCAACUGGGUAAUCCUAGUUUUAUACUAA